AUGACAACUUUUAACUACAAUACUCUCUACAUGAGGUUUGAUAUCGAGCCUAUUCGUACUCGUCCUAGUGUUAUCUUUGAGACGCCAACGUCUAAAAAUAAAAAGAGACGUCGCGAUGAUGUGGAAUAUUUGUGGGUUGUUGAAGAUGGGUCUAGCAAGAAGCUGAGGGCUACAAACGCCGCAUUGAAAGGCUUUGCAUAG